AGUAGCCGAAGCCCGCCAUGUCGAACCUGCCCGGCUUCCAGACACACUUCCCAGCAGGAUACCCUGCCUUCCAUCCAAGAGGAGGAGCUUUUCCCGGCGCCGCGAGUUCAUCGUCGGGCGAGUCAGGAUCUGCAGAGGCCGGUGGAGCUCCGCAGUUCGACAUCUUCGAGUGGCACCCCGCCUACCAGAGCUGCCAGCGCUUCUUUCUCGACCACGCCCAGUACGAAACCGGCGUCCAAGCGGUUGCCGCCCUCAUCAACAUCUGCCUGCCCUUCCAAUGGACGUCCAGCCCCAUCACGAACGCAACGGGGCCGCAACCUCCCUCUUCGGGGCCUGCAGCCUACAACCUGCCGUGGCCGCGCUCGGGUCCGGUGAGCAACUCUAGAGGCCAGCCGGUGCCGGUGUGGGUAUCCCUCGUCCCGUACAUCCGCCGUCUCGUCAUCACCGGCAUGGACACGGUGGGCGUCAUGCAUGGCUUCUUCGGUGACGACUGGAGGAAAGGAGUCGGGCCCGUUCAUGAAUGCGAGCGACGCAACUACCUGUUCGCGGCGAAGAGUGUGGGGUGGGCCAAAGUCAAGUACCAGUACGACAUGUCUCCGCACGAGGCCGUUCCCUUCCUCAAGCCGCUCCAGAACGUGCAACUGGCGGAGAUCGAGGGCGCUGAGAAGACGUGGAGUCAGUGGCUGGCUAUGGAGGAUUGGAUGGUGGGUCCUCGGGCGCCAGAAGUGGACGAGGAGGCACGGCGCGAGGCGUAACUUUCGGUAUGGAGUAUGGCGUCGGCCGACGGUUGUCAUUUACCCACCCGACUUGGGUGCUUGUGAUGCCACCGCGGCAGGGUUUUAUCGAACUUGCAUGGCGCUGGAAAUAUAUGGGCAUG